AUGGGCGCUCGUCUUCCUUUUAUUUUUGUUGUGUUGCUUAUUGCAGUUGCGGUUCUAGAUGUGUUCGCUGGAUUAAUCAAGGUUUGCUUGCCGAUUUUUGUGAUUUUUCUUGUUUCCUGUAUUCUUGUGCCAUGUGAGUGACUCUUUUCUUUUGGGUAAUAGCUAGGGCCACGUUGAAUUAGAGUGAAACAAGAAGGCAUAUAAAUUUGUCUGCCCUGGCAAUACAUAUCCUUUACCUCUGAUAUAGCUUUUUCACUAAAAACAAAGAAUGCACUUUCUCUAUUUUCCAAAGAAGAAAAAGCAAUAUCCACGUACUCGUUUUUGCCCAAUUAUUAACAAAGAUCAUAUGAUAACACCGAACAAUACAUCAUCUUCAUUUCACAGAAUGUAUUGCUUCUAUUUAUUUGCCACUAUUUGAGUCUAAAGGAUAAUGGAUGUACCAAUGAAUUAUGCUGAAAAGGCGGGAAAAUUUUUAAACAUAGGAUUAUAAAGCAUUUUUAAAAGCCUUUUUAAAAUAUUUCUCUCUAACAUGAUCUGAUUAUGAGGAACUCGAUUGGCUAGUAUAUAUGUAAACACGAUAUGGAGAAAAAGAAAAAAAAACCUUACAAGGGAAAUUGACUCGUUGUAAGUGUCACAAGUUUGCUUUACAAUACUUGCACCAUAUUCUUUAUUAUUAGAAUAAAAUUAGGUAUGCUGGUGUCUGAACAUCAGUGCUUUUAAAAGUCAGGCGUUGUUCGCCAUACAGUAAAUAUUUAUCGAUAGAAUAGUGAUCAAUUGACAGUGACUAUACUGUGACUAAUGUGUUACUUUUGCGAAAGAAGCGUAGACUAUUUCAUGUCAUCUUUUUACUUCGCCUAAAAAACGCACACAGGUAGAAAAUUCAGCCUUAUUGUCUGUUAUCUUUAAUCAAUAUACGGUUAGUUAAAUUCAUUUGGAUAUCAAAUGGAACUAUAAAACAAGAACCUUAUCGACACUGUAAAUCUUAGCUUGCUUUCUGAAGGUUUAAAAAACGAUACGGUAUAUGUUGCACGAUGUUUGAUUGGCGUACGUCUUUUACUUGCAAUAAUACUCAGUUUUUCAACAUGGAUUAAUCACAUGCAAAGAGGCGUGAACUGUCAGUCUGAUUGCCUCAAAGGUCUGUCCGUUAUUAUCUGCGCGCUUAAAUCAAACAUUCUGUAGGGUACCCGAUAAUUCAUUGUUCCACUAACGACCACUAAUCAAAUCUAACACCCAACUUUCAUUUUGUGUAAUAUACAGAUGACCGUUAAAUAGAGUUGUUUUCUAGGAAUUUUGUUAAACAAGAAGUAUGCAUUAACAGACUCCGCGAUAUGGUCAUUAUCUCACACAUACGCCGUUAUCACACAGGCAGUAGCAGCUAUUAAAGGAGAUGUCUGUGAUUGGAAGUGUCUGUGACCAUUUCUCUCGGGAUUAUGCCCUUCUGAGAAGUCCUACAAGGAUUAAACAGCUGUCCAUGGCUACUGGUGUCCAGUUGAUAUGGCAUGGCGCAUGCGAUAGGUACCUACCGUACUGCGGAGUUUGGUGGUGUGUACUUGAUGAGUUUGGUGUUAAUUGUGUUUACAUCUAGUAAUGUUAUUUGAGCGUAAAACUUCUAAAAUAUCAAAUAGCGAAAGUGGAGGGAUGGUGCUUUUUUACGAGGGGGUAUUUUAAAAAGGGUCGCCUAUUGGAGAGGUAACUUCUACGGUACCUUCUACUCUGACUGUUUUCUUACUUUUCUUUGUAGGUUCGACCGAAGAGAUUUCAAAGUAAGUAAAAACAUCAUUCUAAAGUAGUAACUUGCUCUCGGACGUACAUUUCCCUCAAAUUUUUCCUAAUAAUCCUAUUACAUAGAUAUUGCGGAAUCUUCCACUGCGUUUGGAAUAUCUCCGCGUUCGCUAGUUCAAUAAACAGUCAGGACUGUAUCUUUCACUUUCUUCGCUUUGCGUCCGUUCAUUCGUACAUCACAAACGUUCUUAACAUUCUACCCAAAAUUACAAUGCUCACUAGUUUCAUUGCCACCACAAGUAAACGCCUUGACUGGGUAUGUCCGACCGCAAACCGAACUUGGCAAAGACUCGCCAUUAUUUCUUGUGACCUAACGCAUGAGAGUGAUACCUAUUCCCUUAACAUAUCCCACAUUAUCUACCCUAUUAUUAUUUACCGCGCAUAAACCGAUUACGAAAACGAAAAACCAUUAAGACCUUGUAUACAAUCAAAACCACUAAGACUGCUAAAAAAACCGAGUCAAUUCUAUUAUUCGUCAUAGGAUGUGGUUAUAUGCCUAAGAUAUUUUUCUACAAAGGCAAACUCAACUGCUCAACAAUUACGAAAAAUAAUACUUAUAAUAGGAUAAAUUGCCGAGACACUUAAAUUUCACUAUUUGAUGGUUCACAUGUUUCGCAACAUUUAAAUUUCUCGAUUUUACAAAAAUUCUGGAUUGAGAGUCACUUUAAUUUCACGAUCUUCGGCAAGACACAAUUACUCUUAAUUUUUUAAUUUAAUCAAAUGAAACAACUUCAUCUGCAUUUGUUAUCAUGUGAAACCUAAGAAAAUGAUGCACCGCCAGGUAUUGUCCACGAUAUCUACUAUAAAUAAGCUUCACAAGUUUUAUCUACUCCCAGUUUUUCCUUUCACUUCAUUUUCACGUCACGUUAAGUUCGCGACACUUUAAUUUCGUGAUUUCAAAAAAAUCGCGAAAGUAAAGUGUUGAGAAAAUUUCAUAUCUGUGGAAUUUUGUUUGCCGAAGCCACACAAGAAAAAAAUCUAAUUUGUUUCCACUUUCAACGCACUAUUAAAUUUAAUUUAAAUUAAACUAAUUUCGUCUAACGACCUCUUCUUGUAAUGAUUGUAACGGGGAAAUUUCAUGACGACGCGAUGCUAAGACAAAUCACAGUCUGUUCUGAUUAAAAAAAAAAGAUAAUCUAAUCAACUAAAAACUGAGUGAAUGGAACUACGUCCGCAUGGCCAAGGACUGUUGUGGCAAUAGCCUCAUUACUAGGGGUUAUUUUUCAUGCAUUGCUACGUAAAGGGUCUGUUAUUUUAAAUACUGUUGCGAUAAACUAAAACGGUCGUUAGACAAAACUAAUUUUGUGAAUCGCCAUAUAAAUUUAAUAGUGUGUUGAAAAAGGAAACAAAUCAGAUUUUUUUCUUUUGUUUACUGAAAUAAAUUUCAUGUCAUAAGGUGUUUUUCUUCAAAAUUACCUUGAGCUUUAGUUUUCCUUGGACACAGUCUGUUGCCAUGGCUACGGAUAUCAUAAGUGACAUGAAUUAAGGUGUUUCGAUACAGUUUUUCAGCGGCCAUAAUCGCCUUAAAAGUGGUUUUUUCCUUGUCCGAUGGCAGUAAAAUUUUCACCAGUAAUUGGCUAUGGAUUGAAAUUUGUGAAAAUGUAGUUUUAAGUAAAAUCGAUAUUACUAUGACAACAAUAAACAAAAAAUUUUCAAACUGAUAAUUGUGUGAUCUAGACCAGCUAUUGAAAAUCCAACACUAGGAACUUAAGUAAAAAUUCUGCAUCUUUAAAUUUGACUAAAACGAAAAUAUAUUGCAAACCUUAAAUUUUCAAUAGCCGUAAUAUAAUAUUUAAUAAAAACGUUAUCAAUGACUCAAAUUAUUCUAAAGUAGCGUCAGAAUGCUGCUUAAUAUCAUAUUUUGUUGCUAGGAAAUUUUGUUGUAUUUUCGUUCUUGCGAUCGUGAAAACUAACCCGUUUUCUCACCACCUGUCUAAGAGCAACUUCAUUUGGACUUUUAGCGCUUUUUUGUAUAUCUCUGAAACGACUCACAUAAUCUUCAUAAUGUAUAUAAUAAGGUCUGAAACUUUCAUCGAGCUUGAUUCACUGCAACGUCUUAAAAUUUCAAGACAAACCUAUGCUACGAACCUGUCAAAAAUCUGCGUUAUAACAUUCACUGUUUUGACGUUAUGCUAAUUUUUCCAAAAUGAUGCGCACUAAAAACACUGAAAUGUGCUAGUCAUGGAUAAAUGUAUUGUCCGAAUUAAUUUAGAAGAAUUAGCAUAACGUCAAAACAGUGAAUGUUGUAGCGCGGAUUUUUGACCAGUUCGUAGGAUAGGUUUGUCUUGAAAUUUCAAGGUGUUGCAGUGAAUGUUUAUUGUUGUCAUAGUAAUAUCGAUUUUACUAAAACCUACCUUUUGACAAAUUUCAAUUUAUACACAAUCUUUGGUGAAAAUUUUAUAGUGAUCAGACUAGGAUAAAAUCUCUUUUAAAGCGAUUGAAAAAUAUCGGUAUGGCCUCUGAAAAACUUUAUCAAAACACCUUAAAGCCCUUGAGACGAGGUUGCCACAGGCAGCGAAAAAGUUAAUUGUUUGUGUAGCAUUUUACUCUCUCAUUGAAAAAUGCUUUGCAAAUUUGUAAGACUAUGUAUGUAAUUUGAAUUUUCAGUAAAUUUUUGGAUGGACGGCAUGAUGUGGGCAUCCAACUUCAAACAGACCCGUACCCCCCGCCCCCUCUUCCACCGCUAAGUAACCAUGCGCCGAGUCAUAACCUUAACCAAAAAUGAAAACAAAUUAUCCCAAAUAGCGUACAAUGACAUUAAAUGUAAUGAAAAUAAAGCUUUCUGGAGCAAAACAGACAAAAGCUUAAUAUUUAAUAAUUGCAACAGACAGGGCUAGAAUGCGGACAUAGGAAUCGUAAACAUGAUCAGGCAACGACUUAAGGAUAUCGAAAUACAAAGAUGGCUAAGAGAAAUAAAUAACGGCAAUAGAAAAGAUGCUAACCAAAGCAACAAAAUGAGAACCUACCUGGUAUUCAAAACGAUAGACAAUUACAAAUGAGAAGAUUACCUAGCUCUAAAUAGCUCUAACAAAACUGUGACUAAGCAACCACAAAUUAGCCAUAGAGACAGGACGUUAUUCGAGACCGUUUAAGAAACCUGAAGAAAGAAUUUGCCCAAUUUGUAAAAUAGAAGUGGAGGACGAAUACCAUUUUCUAAAUAUAUGCCCUGCUUACCAGCAAAAAAAGUGUUCGUUACUAGGUUACUUGGAAAACGAGUAUAGAAUAAAAAUAAGCAGAAUGUCACCUAACAAGAUAUUCAAGUUUCUAACCCCCCUCGUGGAAAAUGCCAAAAUACAAAAAAUUAAUAGCAAAAAAUAUAUUCGAAUACUUUGAAAAAAGAAAAGAGGAAGACGGCAAUUAAAUACUCUAGGGCUUAAUUAAUUAAUAACUUAUCAGCCAUGUAAUUUUAGUCAUUUGGAAAUAGUUGACAUACUAUUUGUUGUAUAAACGACUCCAAAUAAAACAUGUAUGUAUGCAUGUGUGUAUGUAUGUAUGUAGAUCAAAAAUGCUGUGAAGGGGAAAGGAGAAGGAAAAAGUUCUUAUUUCUUCCUCGAUGAAAGAUUAAUUCUCAUGAAUUGAUGUUUGUCUAUUGACUGUAGAUAACACUUGUACGGAAAAAGUGAUGAGCCGAGAGCCCGUGUGCAAAGAGUUGAUAUGUUCUGACAACGUUGGCAGACAAAUGAGGUUAACAUUUUGCAAAAAAAUACCAAAAUUUUGUCCAAAGAUUCACAAGGAUCCAUCAGCAGUCUGCUGUCCUUCAAAAUGCGGUAAUAUCUCUAAUGUGUAAAUCUUAAUAAUGAGGUUCAAUACCAGACCUUUUGCAACUAGUAUUUCAUGUUGUACAAAAAAACCCGUGGCAUGCUGAAGAACAAGGAAAGCACUGGGACAUGAUAAACAAAGAGCUCACUUUGUUUGUUUUCUCCCAGUGCGUCUUUUGCUCUCCAAUUUGGCAGUUCUGUACCACGUGAAUGACUAGUUGCAGAUGGCCUGCUUAUUUAAAGGUUCGAGCCAGAACUCAUUCUACUGCCGAAAAUGUUGAGAUAGCAGAUGUAUUGCACUUGAGCAAAUAAAGUUUAUCUUAUUUAUCUUUAAUUAUCUAUAAAUAAUUGCUAUAACAGUUAUGGAUAAUCCAGUUUAGAAUUCGGCGUGGCCACUGAAUAGGAGCACUGAAGACUCAUUUAUACGGGGUUAGCCUCGACCUAAGAAAAUAUAUUUAAAAAUUCCAGUCAGUAGACUCAGACCUGUGUAAAACUGUGUCUAUUGUUUUAAACUCAAAUUCAGGCACCUUCUCAGCUCGCCGGUAUUUGUGAAUAUUUUACUUCAGUUCGAGGCUAACCCGGCGUACAAAUAAAAAUUCGGCGUUUUUAUUCUGCUGCCACGACGAAUUCGAAAGUGACUAGACUAUUGCUCCACUGAUUUUUUUCCCCAUUAUAACACUUAAUUAAUCAUCAUUUGAGCAUGCCAUUUGUUUCAAUGUUUUAUUGUUUUAUUCCUUUGCUGAGUUGGGAGCCAAGAGUUGUUCACUUAUGCAAGAGGACUGAAUCCAAAAUGCUAAGGUGGCCCGCACAGGACUUGCUGCAAAUAAAAUAAAGUUGCUGCAAAUGAAAUAAAGUUGCUACAAGCUGCGUGCGCAUACUUUCCUGUCACUUAAUUUUCAGCAACUAUUUCUAUAUUUGCUGCAUGCAGUUGUUUUUUAUUUGCAACAGCGACUUUUAUUUAAUUUGCAGCAACUUUUUUAUUUGCAGUAUGUCCCCUGUUGGCCACCGUAAAAUUUCUACCAAAAGAUCUUUUACCCUGGCGUUUGUAAUAACAUAAACCGUUUUGUGACUAAUAUUUCCCAAAAGACUGCAGUUCUACAGCUUUGUUGAAUUCUCUCUCUAAUUGUUUGCUUGAUGUUUUACAGUUUGUGAAGACAGUAACGGCAUAAAGUAUUCUCCUGGUGAGAGCUUUAACGUCGAUGAUGGUAGAAACCCGCGCCACAAAUGCAAAUGUGGAAAAGACGGAGUACCUGAAUGCCACGAAUACUAUAUAGGUAAAUAUUGGCUGGCUUUAUUUCCAGUGUUGUUGCCAUUGCUUGUCGCCAGGAUGGUCCGCAGGUUCAGAGAUCUAAAUAGUAGAAAAAGAACAAAUAAUAUUCUUGACUUAUGACAUAAAUCACACAAUGAUGGUUUUGUUGGUAAAAAUUCGAUUACUUCUACUUGUGGAUCGUUUUGUACCAUUGUAAACUGAAGCAGCAGUAUAGUUAUUACUGUUGUUGCUGAUGUUGAUCUCAAUAGCGUUUACUAGGUUGGGACGGCUGGAAGGAGGGGGUGAUGGAGCGGUGAAUGUACUCGCUCCCACUCCCCGAUAAAAUUUCUAGCAGCGGAAGCUAAAUGUAUAAACAAAAAUUGGGACAGUCUUCAAUUAAACUAGUUAAUUCAACUGAUUUAUUCAUAUUUUUCUUGCUGAAUCUAAUAGGCAACCUGCUUACUCCAUAUUUUUUUCUUCAUUUUGACUGCUUAAAUUAGUGCCAGCUUUUUGCACUUCGUUAAGUAAUUGGUAAUAAAAAUGUAGCCUCGUACACCUCCGCCGACUACCGAUUACUCACUGAAAUCGUCUCCGUCCUAUAUCUUUUUCUUAUCGCAAUUAUUUUCUAGUUUAUCCAAACUACUAACGUGAUAAGGCUGCAAGUUAUAAGCUGUGAGCACAUUGAGACUUCAAAAAGCAGGUUUCUAGCUGUAAAAUUUACUUUUAACUCCCUUCAUUUUUUAGUUCCACCAAAAGUACCCAGACCUCCACCAGUAUUUCCUCCUCCACCAAACUUUCCUCCUCCACCACGUGAUGAGGUAGGUGUCGUCUGACGUCAUUAGUUAAUCAACAGCUACCACGCGCAAAGAUUUAUAUUUGUAGUUAGAGUCGUCACCCUGCUAGCAGAGCCUUUCAUUCACUUGCUUGAUUUAGGCGUACGCCAGAAAGACUUCGUUGAGCAUGUGCUGCUUGUUGCAAGGCCUAGGACAAGGUUUGAACCAAGCAAAGCUUAAAACUGUGCGCUUAGUACACGGAUUUCCGCUCUCACAAAGGGAGUUUGACGAGAGAAAACAAGAUUGACUAGUUCGGGCUUCGGCAAUUUCAGAGGCUUCAUGUGAUUCAAGCAGGACCUUCUUUUUCUCUUUCUUUCUCAAGAAGAGAAAAGAAAGCUCUUAUCGCAGGUUGGAGAGUCAUACUUAACUGACAGCUUUUGGCUUUUCAAAGUGCUGCGUUCAACAUGUCCAUCUUGUUACACUGUUCGCACAAUGCGAACUUCGAACUUUUCAACUUUAAACAGCUAACAAAUCACGUUAUUCUGCAAAGAGUUCAAUAAUUUUUCUAUCAUUGAAUCAUUGUGCUCUUUUGUUUCGUUAUGUUUUUUCAUUUAUGGUCGUUGUACCAUCAUGCCGCCGAUAUAAAGAUAUAUUGUUGUUAGCAAAUAAUUCUUAGCUAAUAAAUGCAUCAAUUUUGGAAAAAAAAAAAAGAAAAAGAAGUCGUUUAGACCAUACACUUAUGAUCUGAGCAUUGUUUGUGGCGGAACAAUUUUCAUCGUUUUUGCGCAGGAGCAGAACGUUUUCCCAGCGUAGGCAAAUAUCGGAUUAUAUUGUGAUUAAGUGGUUUGUUAGCCACUUCAGAAAAAGUAAUUUGAAUAGUCAUGGAGUUUAUGAGACACUUGAUAUUUUUAAUACCAUAUUGGUGAAGUGCAACGUUACCUCGAACCCAGAUCUCACUCUGGCCGUGGGAGAUUUGGGUAAGAGUUCAUCGUUUAUUUGCGUUUGAGUUCGGCACUUGUGGAAACAUCAGGGUGGGCUAGUGGGAUAGUGAUACCCCAAUACAGACCCUUCCCUUCCUUCAAAUUUUUUAACAGUUUUUAGCGAGGUGGUUGUGUCGGUUAUGGUCGCUGCGGGUGGUUGUGUUGAUUGUGGUGGUUGUUAUAGCCGAAAUGAUUGCUAAAUCGAGCUGGGGCAAACUGGAAAAUACCGUAUUUAUUCGAAUAAUUGACUUCUGUAUACUGCAUACCCCAAACCCCGACUGUUCCUGAUACAUAUCAUUUGAAAAAUAACCUUCUCCUGAGGUUUAUUACUGUUGCCUGUUUUCUGACAUAAUGUAAAAAAUAUCUUUUAAAUCUUCACUUGUUUUCUUUGCUUUUUUAUCAGUUUAGGUCAUCACUCAUUUACAAUGUUUUCUCUCUUUUAGGAGCAAAACGAUUGACAUUUCAGCAAGAUACAAAACUUUUUCUGAUCCAGAGAAAAUCGCUUUCAGUUCAACCAUAG